AUGCCCAACUCAGAGGCCAUCAUGGAAACGGGCACAAAUACUUCGGCUAAUGUCGACACUACAAGAACCCAAAACCCCGAGGAAUUGAAUAAUUGGUUGCCCGUGACAGCAUCCAGGAAAGGAAAAUGGUGGUACUUAGCCUUCCACAACGUGACAGCCAUGGUUGGCGCCGGUGUCUUCGGCUUACCAUUCGCCAUGUCCCAGCUCGGCUGGGUUCCCGGGAUCGCGUCGAUUGCAAUUUCCUGGGUGGUCACCUAUUACACAUUGUGGCAGAUGGUUGAGCUGCACGAACAUGUGCCGGGAAAGCGUUUCGAUCGAUACCACGAACUGGGGCAGCAUGCCUUCGGCGAGAAACUUGGCUACUGGAUCGUGAUGCCCCAGCAGCUGAUGGUUCAGGUGGCCUCCGACAUUGUGUACAUGGUCACCGGCGGGAAGUCACCGAAGAAAUGCGCCGUUCUGCUCUCUCCGAAGAUCGGCUCGAUUAGGCAGACAUUUUUCAUCGUCUUUUUCGCGGCUAUGCAACUGAUAUUGUCACAAAGCCCCAAUUUCAAUUCCUUGAAACUGCAUUUUCCUUUUAUUGGUCGAAGCUAUUCAGCAGUGGCUACAGUGGCUUCAACAGCGAGGGGCGUCACGCACCACCAGCAUGUUAGACAUGGAAUCCGGUCCCAUUCUACGGCGAGCAUAGUGUUCGAUAUCAUGAAUGCCCUCGGCACCAUUGCCUUUGCUUUCGCCGGGCACGGUGUGGUGCUGGAGAUUCAGGCGACGAUCCCUUCAACACCGGAGAAGCCAUCGAAGAUGCCCAUGUGGCGAGGAGCCAGAUUUGCUUAUAUCAUUGUUGCCAUCUGCUAUUUUUGUGCUGUGGCAAUCUCUGGAUUCUGGGCUAUCGGCGAUCUUGUGGAGGAUGAUGUCCUUGUUUCACUAGAAAAGCCUGCUUGGCUCAUUGCCCUUGCCAAUUUCAUGGUCUUCCCCCAUGUCCUCGGCAGUUAUCAGGUUUUUGCAAUGUCCGUGUUUGAUACAUUGGUCUUAAUUCAGAAUCGAAAUUUCACUCCGGGACUACCUCCUCGCAUAACUGCUCGUAGUUCAUAUGUUGCUUUGACAGUGUUAGUUGGAAUUUGUCUUCCAUUUUUCGGUGGAUCGUUGGGGUUUUUCGGAGGGCUAUCAUUCUUCUCGACUUCAUAUUUUAUGCCUUCAUUG